GUCGUAUUUCACACCGAACAAUGCCUGGCCCGAUCGUCGGAUUAUUAGCUAGUCGAGUUGAGUUGCGUCGAGAACCAACACUCAAGCGACUAGUGCUUGUAUUCGACUGACGCGCAUCGCGAGGACGCACGGCACGGAUCUUGACGCAACUUCAAAAUUCUCAUUCGCAUAAUCCGCGCGAGUUUAUAAACUAACUGGUGUGACAUCGUUAAACAACGACCGAAAGAAAGAUCAUUUGUCCCACGUACGCUUGUGUGUCAAAUUGUAACCGUCCCAAGAGAGACUUUGUGGUUACCAAUUAGCAUAUUUUCCGUCAAGGAGGAAAAUAUUCAUCGCAAUUUCCACCCGGAAUUCGACGCAUCAAUAGCGCGCGUUUUGUGAAUAUGAUUUGCGCAAAGUUAACCAAGGUUUCGUGGUUUCUAUUUAUAUUCCUGACAUGGACUGUUUCUCCGAUACGCAGUGCGGUAAACAAACAAUCCCGUAGAAUACGACGGUCUGGGCCAAACGUGUGCGGUGGACAAAACAUACAGUGUUGUCCGGGUUGGCAGCCUGCAGGUGGUCAAGGAUUGUGCAUUCAACCUAUUUGUAAUUACAACUGUGGAACUGGCAUUUGCAUCAGCCCCAAUUUGUGUCAGUGCGCGGACGGACGAGUUAAUCCCACCUGUGCCCAGUCAGAUUGCAAAGUGCGAUGUUUCAAUGGAGGGACGUGCCGAGACGAUAAAUGCGAGUGUGCACUGGGAUACGAAGGACGAUUUUGUGAAAAUCCCGUGUGUACCAGGCGUUGUCUCAAUGGUGGUCGGUGUAUCGCACCAAAUACUUGUUCCUGCCCAUAUGGUUUUGCUGGGCCACAGUGUCAAGCAGAUUUGCGUCAAGGACCUUGCUACAAAGAAGUAAAAAAUCUCCGAUGUCAAGGACAGGUUACAACGUUAGUCUGCACCAAAGAAUUAUGCUGUGCAACAAUCGGUAAAGCCUGGGGCUCGCCUUGUGAAAGAUGUCCAGCAAAGCCAGUGCCGUGUGCGAUAGGAUUCCUUCCAGAUUAUGAAUCGAGGGAAUGCUUAGAUAUAAAUGAGUGCGAAGCGGUACCCGGGGUCUGUGGCAAAAAUGGAAAAUGUACCAAUACGGUUGGAAGUUAUCGCUGCGAAAAAUGUGAAGUUGGUUUCAAAUAUGACGAUCGAGCAGCCAGAUGUGUUGAUAUUGACGAAUGUGCUGACAGAGAAACCAACCGAUGUUUAAAUGGUCGCUGCGUGAACAGUGUUGGUACAUACAGAUGUGUAUGUGCGUCAGGAUAUGUCCUCUCCUCCGACGGCAACACUUGCGAAAGACGAGUCGCAACGCUUCCCCCUGAUAAACGCCAAGACCAGUGUUUUAUACAGGUCAUCCGGGGUACGUGUUUCGAACCAAUCUCUGAUAACGUGACGCUGGCCGAAUGCUGUUGUAGUAACAUCGAGGGCGCAGGUUGGAGUGCUGCUUGUCAAAGAUGUCCUGCUAAAAAUACAGAUGCCCAUGACUCAUUGUGCAAAUACGGCGAAUGCAGUGUCGAGGGUGAAGGAUGCCCGAAUGGAGAAUGCAGAAGAACUGAAACUGGAUUGAGGUGUAUUUGCUCCCCUGGGUAUACCUAUAAUCCUUCGUUGGGAAGAUGUGUUGAUGUUGACGAGUGCGAGGACGGUCUGAUAUGCCAGAAUGCGCAUUGUAGAAACACCAUUGGGAACUUCGAAUGCGAAUGCAAAGAUGGUUACAUGCCCGGAACCAACAGGGUAUUGUGCGUCCCUAUCCCAACUGAAACACCAAGUGGUCUGCCAACGAGAAUAGGUGGACUUACACCUUCUAGACCCACGCCUCCGCCAACACCAGUGGGACCCAGGCGCGAUUGCUCCAGAGUUGGUGAAAAGUGUGAAAAUGGCGUGUGCACCAGAAUAAAUCGUGUCCUAAGAUGCAGGUGUAAUUCUGGUUUUUCAUACGUGCGAGGGAGAUGUGUAGACACCGACGAAUGUGCAAGGAACAGGAAUCUUUGUCGAAAUGGUUUAUGCGUAAACGAGAUUGGUAGUUACCGCUGUGAAUGUGCCACAGGCUACAGGCCGACUACUGAUCAAAAGCGUUGUGUUGAUCGGGACGAGUGUGCAGAUGCGUCCACUUGCACGAAUGGUCAGUGCAUAAACACGAGAGGAUCUUGGCGUUGUUCUUGUAACAAAGGGUUUGCUUUGAGUGUGGACGAAAAAUCAUGCAUCGAUAUUGACGAAUGCACUAGUCUUGACGAUGUUUGUAUGAAUGGCGUUUGUCAAAACACACUAGGAGACUACGAAUGCCGCUGCAACACGGGAUACACACAGUCUACUGAUAAACACAUGUGUCUCGAUACCAUGGAGUCUCAAUGUUAUGCAAGCUACAGCAAUAACGUGUGCAGUCAGACGCUGUUUCGAUCUCUGACCAUCUCUCAAUGUUGCUGUGGCAAGGACAAUACGGCGGCAAAACGACGUGCUUGGGGAAAUCCCUGCAUGCCGUGUCCUUUGCCAAAUACAAAUGCAUACAGAAAGGUUUGUGUCCAUGGAACAGGAAAAGAUAGCGGUGGCAAAGAUAUUGACGAAUGUUCGAACAAUGUGGGAUCUCAAACACAACUCUGUGUCAAUGGUCGAUGCAGAAACACCAACGGGGACUAUUUUUGCGACUGCGACCCUGGAUACAGAAAUACAAGGAACAGGAAAGAAUGUGUAGAGAUCAAUGAAUGUCGCGAGAAUCCUUCCCUCUGCAACCGAGGAAGAUGUGAGAAUACUCCGGGUAGUUAUCGGUGUGUAUGUCCCAGAGGUUAUGUCUUCGACAGCAGAACAAGAGGAUGUGAAGAUGAAAACGAAUGCGAAAAUGCAAAUACCUGCGUUGGCGGAAUAUGUAUAAAUACCAUGGGAAGUUAUAGGUGUCAGUGCCCGACAGAACUCACCUUGGACUCAUCAGGACGUAUCUGUGAAGAUUUGCGCAAAGGCAAGUGCUGGCGCGCGAUUAACAACGGAAUUUGCGAAGACCACGUGAACGGUGACGUCACACAGGAGGUGUGUUGCCAGACAUUUGGAAAAGCUUGGGGGAGUCCUUGUGAAAAAUGUCCAACCACUGGAAAAUGCGCCGCAGGUUACUCGUAUAAAAACUUCACCUGCGUCGAUAUUGACGAAUGCAAAGAGUUCCCCGGGCAAUGUCGCAAUGGCCGGUGUUUGAACACUCCCGGAAGUUUUCAAUGCGUUUGUGCCGAGGGCUUUACUUUGGACGAGAGCAAGAGCAUUUGUCGAGAUGAAAGAGAAGCUGUCUGUUACCAAUCGGUAACUCGUGACAAAUGCACCCUGCCUGUUCGCGGGGUUUACAAAAAGGAUAUUUGCUGCUGCUCGGUUGGUGCCGCCUGGGGCCGACCUUGUGAGGAAUGCCCGUUGAAGGAUACGCGAGAAUUUGAUGAUCUCUGUCGUGAUGAUGUUGAUCAAGUAAAAGAAAUCGAUGAAUGCAACAUGUUCCCUGGAAUUUGCUACAAUGGAGAAUGUAUUGAUACGCGCGACGGAUUCUUAUGCGAAUGUCGUCCGGGCUUUGCUCUUGACGAAACGGAAAAAAACUGUACAGAUAUAAACGAAUGUGAAAUAACUCCCGAUCUUUGUGGAAAUGGAACGUGCAUUAACAUUGGUGGAGGAUUUCGAUGUAAUUGUCGAGAAGGAUUUAAAAACGCGCCUAUGAUGAUGGAGAUCUGCAUUGAUGUGGACGAGUGCGCAGAUUUAUCAAAUCCUUGCCAAGGGGGUACCUGUGUCAACACCAUAGGCAGCUUCGAUUGUAGGUGUCCUCCAGGGAAACGUUUGGAUCCCAGUGGGCUAAUGUGUCAAGACAUCAACGAGUGUGCUGAAAACUCCUUCAUUUGUGCAAAUGGUGUUUGUCAAAAUUUCAUGGGCGGUUAUCAGUGCGCCUGUUACGAGGGCUUUAAAUCUACUGAUGAUAUGAAGAGCUGUAUUGACAUCGAUGAAUGCGAAACAGACAAUGGUGGAUGCGAGGCAACGUGUGAAAAUUUGGUCGGACGUUAUCGAUGUAUCUGUCCACCUGGACUGAGGCUGCGAAACGACGGUAGAACAUGCGUAGAUAUCAAUGAGUGUGUUGAGACGCCUGAGAUUUGUGGCGUUGGUAACACAUGUCAGAACGUGUAUGCCGGCCACGAGUGUUUAUGUUCUGAUGCUUAUGCUGUGUCUAGUGAUCGCAAGUCCUGUAUAGACAUCGACGAGUGUGUGUCAAAUCCCGAUUUAUGUCGAAAUGGAGUGUGUGAAAAUUUGAUGGGAUCUUAUCGCUGCAUUUGUCCACUGGGUUUCAUCUUGGAUGAAGGCUCUUCGGUGUCCAUCUGUAGCGAUGUGAACGAGUGUGCUAACGACCAGACAGACAUAUGUGACAGAAAUGCUUUCUGUAUGAACACAAUUGGUUCCUACAGUUGUUCUUGUAGGCCGGGAUAUGAGGAAGUCGACGAAAAUUGCCAAGACAUCGACGAGUGUUCUGUUCAGGCUGACAGGUGUGGUCAGAACACUGUCUGUACCAACACUCCUGGUAAUUUCACUUGCGAGUGCGCGGAAGGCUACGUGCGCGCGCGGGACAAUACGUGUCGCGAUAUCAACGAAUGCGAAACGAUCUCCCCUGUGUGCGAAAACGGAAAAUGUUUGAACGUCCCCGGGACCUACCAGUGCGAAUGUGAUUUUGGAUACUUGCUUACGAGUGAUGGCAAAGGUUGUGAAGAUCUGGACGAGUGUGAAGCGAUGGAUGAGUUUUGUCACCAUGGAAAAUGUGUUAACAUUCCUGGAUCAUUCCGAUGUAUUUGUGACAAAGGAUUCCAGCUUAAUCGUUACCUCAAUAACUGCACAGACACAAACGAGUGCGCCGAAUCAGGAAUGUGCCUCAAUGGUCGAUGUGUGAAUGAAAUGGGAAAAUAUCGUUGCGAGUGUGACGAAGACUUCAUACCAAAUCCUACCAACACCGCUUGCAUUGAUACUCGUGAAGGUCGGUGUCAUUUGACAAAAGGCCCUGGUCCUAAAUCCUGUCAAAAUCUUAUCGCAGAUGAAGUGCUGCGUAGCAAGUGUUGUUGUUCUGUUGGGGCAGGCUGGAACAAUCCCUGUGAAGAAUGUCCAAGAAAUGGCACAGCUGACUACAAGCACCUCUGUCCGGGUGGUCCUGGAUUUAUCGUUGAUGAAAUCAGCACUUCAUUCUUGGACAUAAACGAAUGUUUGUUUCCAAGAAUUUGUGUGAAUGGCACGUGCAUAAACACGUAUGGCAGCUUCAUUUGCAGGUGUUCCACUGGCUUUGUGUACGACCCCAAUAUUGGAGUGUGUGUAGACAUCAAUGAAUGUGAAAGAGAUAGUUACAUUUGUGGCUUCUCUGGUCUCUGCAUCAAUACGUUUGGAAGUUAUAUCUGCGAAUGUCCUCCUGGAGAGACGCUGAUUGGCUCUCAUUGUGUUGACGAACGUCCACAACAAUGCUUCAAAGACAUACAGGAUCUUUCAGACCUCGAGGGAAGUACCCCUGGAUCCUCGUGUAACGAAACGCUUAGCUACCGCCCCAUUACUCGUGUUCAAUGUUGUUGCAGUAUAGGCACAGCGUAUGGUCCACCUGACAUGUGUAAACUGUGUCCUAUACGUUUCACAGAGGAGUAUUAUGCAUUGUGUGGAGUGAGGAUUAAACCAACUACCCCGGGACCAGGGGGACCCGGUGUACUGACCCCCCACCCGCCUGGAGGUACCAGAGGUCCAACCUUACCUCCGAUAAUAACAGAUGUGGACGAAUGUUCGUUCAUGCGAGAACCCUGUGGUAUGGGUGUAUGCAUGAACACGUACAACAGCUACAGAUGCGAAUGCAAAAACGGAUUUGCCGUGAAGAACGGUGAAAAGAUGUGCGAAGAUGUCGACGAAUGUUUAACGAAGCCAUGUGUUAACGGACGGUGUAAGAAUACAUUCGGUAGUUUUAUGUGUGUCUGUCCCACUGGUUACGUUAUCGAUGAAACUGGUAUCAAAUGUGUAGAUCACAACGAGUGUCACUUAAAUAGCACAUGCGUGAACGGAGUAUGCAUAAAUCUAGUUGGAGACUAUAGAUGCUUAUGUAAAACUGGUUACCAAUCGGCAAGAGGAGGGAAGGCUUGUACAGACGUCGAUGAAUGCUCCAAUGGGAACGCCCGAUGCAGGGAUGGUCAGUGCAUCAACACACCGGGCUCGUAUUCUUGUCAAUGUAACGAAGGAUUUAGGGAGGAUUCUAGACAUGCGUGUAGAGACAUCAACGAGUGUAAUGAAUUGGGUACACAAAUCUGCAGAAACGGUUUUUGCGAGAACACCGUGGGUGGAUUUACUUGCAAAUGUAACCUUGGCUACAAGCUGGAUGAGUUAGGACGGAAUUGCCGAGAUAUAAACGAAUGUCGCGAGAUUGAUAAAUACUGUUCAAAUGGAACGUGUACGAACACCAUUGGUGGAUCAAAAUGCGAGUGUUCUCUUGGAUAUCAAAUGAAUCCUUCUGGUGACGAUUGUGAAGAUAUCGAUGAAUGUGAUGAAGAUCCAAAUCUUUGCGAGAUGGACGGAAGAUGCGAGAACAUACCUGGCAGUUUCAGAUGUAUUUGCCCAGAAGGUUAUAAAAUAGCGAACUUCGGAAAAAUGUGUGUAGACAUGAGACCAGGAUAUUGCUUCGAUAACUUGGAUAGUGAAGGGUGUAGCAGACCACGGGCGAAGCUAUCCACGAAACAGCAGUGUUGCUGCACCAGAGGAGCAGGCUGGGGCGAGCCAUGCGAUCUUUGCCCCGCAGCACAGACAAAGACGUUCACAUUACUCUGUCCAAAAGGACCCGGCUAUGCCGUAAAGAAUAUUUCGGUGGAAGACGUGAACGAGUGUGAAUAUAACGACUUGUGCAGAAAUGGCCGCUGUAUAAAUAACGAUGGAAGCUACCGCUGUCAGUGUUUCGCGGGCUACGUUAUUGACAAUACUGGCAGAAAUUGUGAAGACGUCGACGAGUGUGCCACGAGAGGUAUAUGUGGUAAUGGUACGUGCACCAACCUGCCAGGUAGUUAUACAUGCGACUGUGCUGUUGGAUUCAGGAGAGGUCGUUCAUCACCAAGCUGCCAAGACGUCGAUGAGUGUGCCGAAAGACGAAACCUCUGCGCAUUCCGUUGUGUGAAUACUCUCGGUGCCUAUCGCUGCGUUUGCCCUCGAGGAUACAAACUUCACGUGAACGGACGGCAUUGUACAGAUGUUGACGAAUGUAAGACUGGUAUCCACAACUGUGGUUAUGUUUGCAAGAAUUUCUUUGGCGGAUUUAAAUGUGUUUGUCCCGAAGGAUUCCGAAGAGCGGUUGGAGGAAGAAGAUGCAUUGAUGUCAACGAAUGCAGGGAGGACUCGAGCCGAUGUUCCAAUGGUGUCUGUCGUAAUACCGCUGGCAGUUACAUCUGCGACUGCAAUGAUGGUUAUAAACGAACGUCGGACGGCAAAAGUUGCGAAGAUCUCAGCCGUGGUUUAUGUUUCUCGCAAGUUGACAAUGGUUUGUGCAAGGGGUCCACAAAGAUGAUGAUGUUGGUAACGAAGAGCGAAUGUUGUUGUACCGCUGGGAAAGCGUGGGGAAGCCAGUGUAUCAGGUGUCCAGACGAAGGAACAUCUACGUACAGAAGGCUUUGUAUUUCAUUCAAAAAAGACAUGAAUGAAUGUAGCAUGAUUCCUGGUUUGUGUCCAAAUGGCAAGUGCAUAAACACGCGAGACUCUUAUCGUUGCAUGUGCAACCGCGGUUACCAGUUGAGUAGGGAUGGAAAGCGCUGUGUGGAUGUGGACGAAUGCGCCAGAAGACCGAGACCUUGUCGCACUGAAUGUGUAAACACUGUAGGAAGUUAUCGAUGUCGAUGUCCACCUGGCUACCAAGACGUCUCCGGAAAUUGUCAAGAUAUCGACGAAUGUCGAAACAGAACUCAUAAUUGUCCUCAAGGAUGUCGGAAUACUCUGGGGAGCUACACGUGUACUUGUCGAGAGGGAUACUCGUGGACUGGAUCUACGUGUGCAGAUGUAAAUGAAUGUCUACGUCAAAAUAUUUGUCGUUUUGGUACAUGCAAAAAUCAACCUGGAUCAUACACUUGUGUUUGUCAACGUGGAUACAGAUUUGAUCCCCAGACUAAGACCUGUGUCGAUCAAAACGAAUGCAACAUCCGCACUUGUCAAGGAGUUUGUGUCAAUCUGAACGGUGGUUUCCGCUGUGGCUGCCAGUCCGGUUACGUCAGGCAAAUCUACUGGAACAGAUGUAUCGAUGUGAACGAGUGCAUUACUGGAGCGAACAAAUGUGGACGAACAAAAUGCUUCAACAUCUUAGGAGGAUAUCGCUGUUAUUGUCCUCGAGGAUUUCGCCUCGACAGAGUCAGAAUGAUAUGCACAGAUACGAACGAAUGUACCCGUAAUCCAUGUGCAGCCGGCUGUUACAACAUCCAAGGCGGCUUCCAGUGUUCAUGUCCCUCUGGCUUCUAUGCCAUUGGAGGAGGCCAUUGUAUGUCCAGAUUCGGUCAGAAGUGUUACAACUGCGGACCUAAUCAACGACAGCAGCAAAUAAAACAGCCCGUGAGAAUUGUCACCAACAACAAGUACAAAUUCGAUGAACAACCACCAUCUACAAGCCGCGCCACACCAGCAAGGUACAAUUCCAGAGUUAACCAACGCGAUCGUUACCAGGGCUCCAGGGACUACUCGACCUCAGACCCCUAUCGCUACACGUACUCCUAUCGUCGCACUUCGUCCGGGGGGAGGCGAAACAAGCGUACAUCACACUUUGUACAUAGAUUAAAAAUUACCGUUCCACGCAACUUGACAUCCCGAGACAACAUUCUCGUUUUAACACCCGUUUUGGAGAGCCUGCAGAAACUUUUCCACUAUGAAAUGGUGAAAGGGAACCACAGCUUGUUCGGAAUUAAAGUCGAGGAAGGAGUCAGUUCUUUGUAUGCUAAAAAUCCUUUGAAAGUCGGCCUCCAUCGAGUUUAUCUCAAGGGCAAGCUGGACAGCACGAAAAUAAAAAUACCAUUAGAAGCCGACAACCAAAUUGAGUUCACGGGGUCUGGAGACGAGAAGAAAGAGCAGGAAAAAUCCAAAGCGCCUGAAAUGCCGCUAAAUAAAGUGGUCGGUGUCUCGGAAUCGAGAAAAUUCCAUCUUGACAUUAUCAUUACCGUUGAAUAAGAUUUUCAGCCAUAUUAUAGAAUGCAAUAUAUAUAUUUAGCCCUUGUGUGAAAUGUUGGCGAAUUUUGUAAGAUUUUUAAAAUUGGUACCUAAUUAGUGAGUUAGUACAUCAUAGUUAUCGUAUAAUGUAGCGAUAUUUUUUGUAUGUGACUGUAAAUUAAGUAGUAGCUAUAGCUGUAAUUUUAGUCUGAAGAAUAUAGGUUAGUUCCUUGAGUUGAAUACGUUUGUAUUUUAUAAAGAAUAAAGCGUUACCUUUCCAAAAACACUGGAUAGACUUAUGAAAAUGGAGAAAGUCUAAUAUUAUCUCUUGUCAUCAGUAUUACCUUAAGUUACGCAGAAUUGUGGCUCUCACAACUUGCGAAUAAAUUGCAAAGCAGUUGUUAG